AUGGCAGGAGCAGCGGUUACGUCACGUGCAAUUCGUACAGUUUUCAUCCUCACAACCAUCUGCCUUCUGCUUUUUCCCGACGAUGUUAUCUGCUUCUACCUGCCCGGCGUUGCUCCGGAAGAUUUUCUCAAGGGAGAUCCACUGAAUGUGAAAGUCAACAAAUUGACUUCUAUAAAGACUCAGCUUCCUUACUCAUACUACACUCUUCCUUUCUGCCGGCCAAGCAAUAUUAUUGACAGCAGAGAAAAUCUUGGAGAGGUUCUACGUGGAGACCGCAUUGAGAACUCACCUUAUGUGUUUAAAAUGAGGGAGCCGCAAAUGUGCAAUGUUGUGUGUCGAAUCACGCUCGAUGCCAAAAGUGCGAAAGAGUUCAAGGAAAAAAUCGAAGAUGAAUAUCGCAUCAACAUGAUUUUAGACAAUCUUCCUCUGGUUGUCCCGAUACCGAGAUCUGAACAAGAAGGCGGCCCUCCGAUUUAUCAGUUGGGGUUUCAUGUUGGGCUGAGAGGGCAAUAUAGUGGUACCAAGGAAGAAAGAUUCUUUCUGCACAACCACUUGAGUUUCACAGUGAAAUUUCACAAGGAUCAACAAACGGAUUCAGCAAGAAUCGUAGGUUUUGAAGUCACGCCAUAUAGUGUCAAGCAUGAAUAUGAAGGCGAAUGGGCUGAAAAUACUCGCCUAACUACAUGUGACCCACAUGCCCAGCGUGUAGUUACAUCGUCAAACACACCUCAAGAGGUUGAAGAGCAACAAGAAGUCAUAUUCACUUACGACGUGUCCUUCCAGGAAAGCGAAGUCAAGUGGGCCUCAAGAUGGGACACGUACCUCCUCAUGACGGACGACCAAAUCCACUGGUUCUCAAUCGUCAACUCUCUAAUGAUCGUCCUCUUCCUCUCCGGCAUGGUGGCCAUGAUCAUGCUCCGAACCCUCUACCGGGACAUCUCCAGAUACAACGAGCUCGAAACCCAAGAAGAAGCCCAAGAAGAAACCGGCUGGAAACUCGUUCAUGCCGAUGUUUUCCGGCCACCGGCCAAUUCCGAUCUCCUCUGCACUUACGUCGGCACCGGAGUCCAAUUCCUCGGAAUGGUCCUUGUCACCAUGAUUUUCGCCGUGCUCGGUUUUCUUUCCCCUUCCAAUCGAGGCGGCCUCAUGACAGCUAUGCUCCUCUUAUGGGUUUUCAUGGGAGUCCUUGCUGGCUACUCCUCGGCCCGUCUUUACAAAAUGUUCAAAGGCACCGAGUGGAAAAAAAUCGCCCUCCGCACCUCGGUUCUCUUUCCCUUCACUGUGUUCACCGUUUUUUUCGUGCUUAAUGCUCUUAUAUGGGGCGAGAAGUCUUCGGGAGCUGUCCCGUUCGGGACGAUGUUCGCGCUCGUCGUGCUCUGGUUCGGGAUUUCCGUACCGCUCGUCUUCCUCGGGAGCUAUGUCGGGUUUCGAAAGCCCGCCAUUGAAGACCCGGUCAAAACGAAUAAAAUCCCGAGGCAAAUACCCGAGCAGGCUUGGUACAUGAACCCGGUUUUCUCGAUUCUGAUUGGUGGGAUUCUCCCGUUCGGUGCAGUUUUCAUCGAACUCUUUUUCAUCUUGACCUCGAUCUGGCUGAACCAGUUCUACUACAUAUUUGGGUUUCUUUUUAUAGUUUUCUUGAUUCUGCUCGUGACUUGUUCGGAGAUCACGGUCGUUCUGUGCUACUUCCAGCUGUGCAGUGAGGACUAUUUGUGGUGGUGGAGGUCGUACCUUACGUCGGGCUCCUCGGCGUUGUACCUUUUCAUGUACGCGGUUUUCUACUUCUUCACGAAGCUCGACAUUACGAAACCAGUGUCGGGCGCGUUGUACUUUGGGUACAUGCUGAUUGCUUCGUACGCGUUUUUCGUGCUGACGGGGACGAUCGGGUUCUACGCGUGCUUCUGGUUUACCAGGCUCAUUUACUCUUCUGUCAAGAUUGAUUGA